UGGGAUGACAGUGCUUGAGAAUUAAAACAUCGAUUAGCUCAAGGAUAGGAAAGCAACAAACAUUUUCUUUUAAUGUUCCGAUCCAAUUUAACAUCAUCAUCCUUGAUCCUUCCCACGUCCUCUUCUCUCCCUCUCUAGGAGGAAGUCUUCCCCGUUUCUGGGGAAUUUCCCUUCCCCUUCGACUUGUCUCUCAAGAAAUUCGUCUGUGUUCUGCUCAGGAUCAUUCUUUUGGACGCCAUGAAUAUCUUUUCGAAGAAACCCACCGCCAAAGAAGCUCUUCGGGAGAGUAAAAGGGAAAUGACACGUUCUACGCGAGGUAUAGAGAAGGAAAUUGGAGCAUUGCAAUUAGAAGAAAAGAAGCUUGUCGCAGAAAUAAAGAGAACUGCCAAAACAGGAAAUGAGGCAGCAACAAAGAUUCUUGCUCGGCAGCUAGUUAGGCUCAGACAGCAAAUUGCAAACUUACAAGGAAGUCGAGCUCAAAUGAGAGGCAUAGCAACUCAUACACAGGCAAUGCAUGCUCAGACUUCCGUUGCUGCUGGCAUGAAAAGUGCCAGUAAAGCAAUGACAGCUAUGAAUAAGCAAAUGAAUCCUGUGAAGCAAGCAAAGGUCAUUAGGGAAUUUCAGAUGCAGUCUGCACAGAUGGAUAUGACUACUGAGAUGAUUUCAGAUGCCAUAGAUGAUGCCCUGGAUGAUGAUGAGGCAGAAGAAGAAACUGAAGAUCUAACGAAUCAGGUACUCGACGAAAUCGGCGUUGAUAUUGCCUCACAGCUUUCAACAGCUCCAAAAGGAAGAAUUGCCUCAAAGAAUACUGAGGGUGUCAGUAGUUCGGGUAUCGACGAGCUGGAAAAGCGAUUGGCUGCUCUUCGGAAUCCUUGAGUAUUAUGCUAAAUACAUUGAUUUUCAAUUGAGAUAUACAUGAUUUCGACUGGGAUGAUCUACUGUACAUGAAAUCUCUCUCUCUCRGCUUCACAGUUGAGCAUGAACAUUUAUUCCCUUCUUGAGAUAAAAGAAGUCUUAUUAAACCAUUUGCUUUAAGCCUUCAAUUUAUUGAAAUCAUAAACCAAAUUGAAGGAAAGGGAAACUGGAAAAUGGGUGUAGGUAUUGUAUGAAUUACCUCAUGUACAUAUAUAUGUAUUAGGUGGUUAAACUCCAAAUUUUGUUGAACUU